GGUCAUGUAAAUCAAGAAAUUAUGUUUCGGCAAAAAGUGGCACUGGAAUGGCUGCAGCAAACGAUUCUAGAGUUAACAGCAGACGGAACUGAAGAGCGUUUGUAUCGUAAUUUGUUGUCACCGGAUCGCUACGAAAAGGAUGUGAGGCCCACCACCCAUCAUUUGAAACCUACCAACGUCACUUUCGGCUUUCUACUGAAUCAAAUAGUGGAAAUGGAUGAGCGAAAUCAAAUGUUAACGACGAGAAGUUGGUUGAAUAUCAACUGGAUGGAUCAACGUUUAGCGUGGAAUUAUUCGGAAUGGGAAGGCAUUAAGACAAUCUACAUUCCUCAUCAACGACUCUGGAAACCUGACAUCAUUCUUGUCAAUAACGCUGUACGAGAAUACCACGCAUCGCUAGUGUCUACAGAUAUCAUGGUGACCUCGAAUGGAAAUGUAACAUGGUUAUUUUCUGCACUUUUUCGUAGCUCAUGUCCAAUUCGCGAGUGCGACCUAAAAUUUGCUUCGUGGUCUCACGAUGUAUCAGAAAUCGACUUGGGUUUAAACACUGAUAAAGGAGACCUAAGUAGUUACAUGAACAACAGCGAGUUUGACCUUCUCGAUAUGAUUGCUAUCAAAGAGAUCGUAAGUUUUCCUUCGAAUGUUCAAUCAAAGUGGCCAACGAUUGUCAUCCGAAUCAAGAUGCACCGGCGCCCACUUUUUUAUGUGUUCAAUCAUAUUAUACCAUGCGUUCUGAUAUCAUCAAUGGCUGUGUUAGGAUUUCUUAUGCCACCGGAAACUGGCGAAAAAAUAAAUAUGAUCAUCACCACACUAUUGAGUAUGGGUGUUUAUCUGCAAUCAAUCACCGAAUCGAUACCGCCCACAUCAGAAGCAGUACCGUUGAUCGGAAUGUACUAUGUGUCGUCACUGUUGAUGGUAUGCUUAGCGACAUGUGUGAACGUGAUAACUCUCAACAUGCACCGAAAUGGUGCAGCUAAUCAAGGAAGGUGA